AUGGUCGACCGCACCAACCGCCCCUCGGCACUCAAGGCCACCGACGCCGCAGGCCCUGAAGCUCAGGUUGAUAUUGUAGGCUCGGGCUCAAGCUCCAAGGUCAUUGCGACGCUGCCUUCUGGCGAGAGCGUGGAGGUGCUGUUGUUUGGUGCGACGGUGACGAGCUGGAAGAGCAAUGGCGGCAAGACGGAGAACCUGUGGUUGAGCGAGAAGGCAGCUUUGGAUGGCAGCAAGGCAGUACGAGGAGGCGUUCCCGUAGUGUUCCCGGUUUUCGGACCCCCUCCCAAGUCUGGCCACCCCACAUCGACCUUGCCACAGCACGGCUUCGCACGAACAUCGCGAUGGGAGUUCCUCGGCAAGUCUUCCGCCGAAGACGCCCUCGGUUCCAACUCGGUCAAGCUCGACUUCGGUCUGUAUAGAUCCGGCCUCAGUGAAGACGCACGCGAGGCAUGGCCGCUCGACUUCGGCCUGGUAUACAGUGUGACGCUGUCAAAGGACAGCUUGCAAACAAUAAUCAAUGUGCGCAAUGAGGGCCAGCAGAGCUUCGAAUUCCAGUUCCUGCUGCAUACGUACUUCAAGAUCCAGGACAUCUCUAAAGUCGCAGUCAACGGAUUGCUUGGCGUCACAUACGUUGACAAGGUGCUCAAUGCUACCGAGCAUAAGCAGUCCGACAACUCUAUCAAGAUCACAGGCGAAGUCGACCGAGUGUACACCAGCAUUCCCCAGGAUACCACCUCCAUUGUUGAAGAUGGCAAACCUCGCUUCGACGUCGUGCGCGACAAUCUUCAGGAUACCGUUGUCUGGAAUCCUUGGAUUGAGAAGGCGAAGUCAAUGGGCGACUUCUCACCCGAUGAUGACUACAAGCACAUGAUAUGCGUCGAAGUUGGUACGGUUCAAGGCUGGCAGAAGUUGGAGAAGGGUGAGGUGUUCGAGGGUGGCCAGACGAUCAAGAGCUUGCUUUGA